UUGUGCCGUAACGUUGAAACACGGACGAGAAAACCAGUUGAGUUAUACUAGCUCGUUAAACAGAUAGUGAAUGCAUUGGGUAUUGUACAUCGAAAACCGGGAAUUAAAUAUUUGGUCGGCAUGGUUACAAAUAUAGAGUACAUGCAACCCGUUUGAAAUUGUACACCAAAACCACUAGAUUGUAUUCACCUCACUCCAGUCUUACCUCUAGCUGUUGUAGCUUGCUGUUCUCAUUUAAUAUUUACGUACGCACGUUAUUCUCACGCUCCCCACUGCAGACAAAGUACUCUCAGGGUUGGGACAAACCGCUGAGUAUUGGAACCUCAUAAGAAGGCUUGGCGUUAUUUCAGCGACCCGACUGAGCUGAACAUAUCACAUACUAUGGCUGAAUUGUUAGCUCAGGCUGGAUUAUAUAUUGACGAUUUUUAUAAACUUCGAAUAGUUGAUCCUAGAGUCGCUCAAGAAACAAACGAACUCAAAGAAGAAUGUGAAAAGUACCUUUCAAAAAUGACCGACUUUAAGAUGAUUACUGGAGAACUACUCAACUUGAUCAGCUCCGUAGCUGAAAAAGUUGAAUCGCAAAAGCUAAAGGCGAUUGGUUCAAGAAACCUACUUACCUCCAUGGAAAAGCAAAGAGAAAUACAACAAAAACACUUGGAAUCUCAGAUAUUGGCCAAAAAGAAAGAUAUAGAUAGUGAGACCCGAACCCAUGACUCACCUCAUAACACAUGUUAUUCAACAUGCUACUGAUGUGUGGCUAGUAAGAGCAAAAUAUGAUUGGUUACUGAGAAUGAGCAAACAGACCCAGCUUACCUACUAUUAAGUAUGUAAUUUCCUUCUUAUUAUUGAUUUCGACCCUGGACUCACGGAUUAUAGACUGUUUGUAAUUGUUUUCAAUAAAGUAUUGUCUGGCCCUUACUCUGUUUCUCUAUUUUUGGACAUGAAUUACGUAUCUGAUAUAACGCGACUGAGUCUGUGUAUAACAUGUCAAAUGAGUAUCCAGUCUAGUGAUGCUAUAAAUCUCGGUCACCAAUCUUUCAUAUUAUCAUAUAAUAGCAGUGUAUCGUGGCGAACAGAAAAUAAUUUCUAUUUCUACCGUUAUAUCUGCUACCUAAUCCAGACAAAUAUUAAUUUGUUCAACAGGUAUGAAGUUAUUUCUAAGGGUUUGUACUGUUACUUUAAAUGAUCUGUCAAAAAUGACGUAUAUGGAUGCUAAGCAGAUCUUCGUGAUAAUGACUUUUAAACCGUACAUUUUCUAUGUACUUAGAUCUUACACCUGACUUUAAAAUUUUAUACUUGACUAAUGGCUGUACGAUGUCUUACACAUCUUUAACAAAAAAGUAUUCAGUAGUGUUUAAAUGUUUUUACCUGAAGAAAAAUGAUGUUUAGGUAUUAUUAACAGAUAAAUAAAGCAGUUUAAAACUAGUACAAGAGAACCCCAUGCCAAGAAAAUGUAGAAAAAUAGUGAAAUGAACAAACAGCAACCAUAAAAAUGCUAUUAACAAGAACUGGAGAAAGUCAGUUAACGAAUAUCUCUGGAUUACUAUGAUUAAAUUUGAAUAAUCCCAAUGGCAUUUUAUAAUCUAUAAAUGGUAACAUAAUGGGUUUUGGAAAAGGGUAAUGACAGAAACUUCUUGUUGUUUUUGGAAAACAGAUAAAGUAUGGUUAACAGUGAAAUCCUGGACACAUGUUUUGUCCUACUCGAGAGUCACCAGCUUCAUGCACUUGGAUCACAGAGUUGAUGUUCACUCCGUCUUUUAAACUCAUUACGUUUUACUCCAAACACUCAUCAUGUUAUCCACUUAGCCUUGAGUCCAGAUACCCAGUCACUUAUGCAACAAAUAUGAAUUUUAAUUAAAUUUCAGUAGUUUGAAUUUUUCCGCUGGUGAUAUUUUGACUGAAUUUCGGUCAGUUUUACGACAAAACAUGCGUCUUGGAUUCUGCUGUUAGUUACAUUGUAUCCAUUCUAUAAAAAAUUGUGAUAUCAUGGCUAGACAGAGGCGAUCCGAACAGGAUGCGCAUAUACCGACUAAGACUGAUCAGAGCUAAGUCAAUAUUAAAAACAGGAUAAUCCGAACUAUUACAUCUCUUAAUCGUUUCAACCACUCCAUUACGUACAAUCCUAAUUCUCACAAUUUGUAAAAAUAGCGCAAUUUUAGAUUUACAUUCGUUGAUCACCGAGUGAAAGCUAGUAACAUUUUCGUCCAUUCCUUACUGUUAGUUGAAUUUUAUUCAUCGAGUUUAGUCAUUACUCUGAAUGAAUCAAUUUCACGUGCUCUUCUUUAGUUAGUUUGAGGUAAUAAAGUGGAAGCGAUCGAGAUUGGGUGAUGCAUCCCACGGAAAGCAUCAGUUCUGUCAAGAUUACAAAUACAUUGUGAUGAAAAGGGCAAAACGAUACGAAACACUGUUCUAAGGAUCUCUACUAUAUGACAUUAAAAUUGUCUUCAAUUUUACAACUGUUCGUUUUCAAAGUAAUAUUUGUGUUAUUGUAUGUAGUCUUGAUCAGGACACUGUGAAGGAAAAUAUUGUCAUAAGUGUUAUGUCUGAAACGUUAGUCAACAUCACUCGUUCGAUCUACCAAUCAGAACUGCAAUCAUAAUUUUUCUGCUCUGCGUAUGCCCCCAAAUGCCCUGGUACG